AUGAAGACUGCUGGCGUGUAUCUUCAGUUACUGGCUGCUGCUUUUGCUGAACGGCUUGUGUUUGCCGAGACCAUCAGCGAGAUCAAUGGCAACAGAUACCUUUCACCAUACAAUGGAAAGAACGUUACCAAUGUCAAUGGUCUAAUUACUGCCAAAGGACCAAAUGGUAUCUGGAUUCGAUCGACUACCCCUGACAAGGAUGACCGAACGUCUGAAUCUGUCUAUGUUUUCGACCGCAACUUUGGCAAGACCCUCUCCGUAGGGGACAUUAUUCAGCUCAACGGUACCGUCACGGAGUACAGAUCUAGCAAAGCGUACGUCUACUUGACCGAGAUCAUCAACCCCAAACUUGUGAAAAAGGUCUCUUCUGGAAGUGCUGCAACCCCACUGGUCAUAGGUAAGGACACUAUCAAUCCCCCCACCAAGGCUUUCUCGGCAUUAGACAAUGGAGAUGUGUUCGGCGUGCCAAACAACGUCAGCCUGAUCUCUGUGACUAACCCGACCCUGAUUCCUCGCAACUACGGCAUGGACUUUUGGGAAAGUCUGAGCGGAGAGCUCGUCACGGUGAAAGGUGCUCAUGCUCUGACUACACCAAACAACUACGGCGAUACCUGGGUCGUUGGAGAUUGGAAAGUCACUGGCCUGAAUGGCCGUGGUGGCUUGACGACAGUUGAUAAGGAUGCCAAUCCGGAAGCCAUCAUCAUCGGCUCACCGCUUGACGGAUCGAAAAAUCCUGCAGUCACCAGGGUUGGAGACACUCUUGGCGAUAUCACCGGAGUUGUCACUUACGCGUUUGGCUAUUAUUCGAUUCUCCCUUUGACUGCCUUGAACAUUGUCAAAGGUGUUGAGCCUGCACUUCCACCACCCACUAGACUUGUGUCCGAUGGUGAUUGUGGUGGUAUUACUGUCGGCUCGUACAACGUGGAGAACUUGUGGGCUGGGUCUGAUCAUCUGGUCAACAUCUCCGAUCACAUCGUUCAUUACCUACGCAGCCCUAACCUCGUUUUCGUCCAAGAGAUUCAGGAUGACAACGGAGAGACCAACGACGCAGUGGUCAGCGCAAAUCUUACCCUUACCACUCUGACUUCCGCAAUCAGUAGUAUCGGUGGACCUGAGUAUGAAUUCGCUGAGAUCGACCCUGUUGAUGACAAGAACGGCGGUGCACCUGGUGGCAAUAUUCGCACCGCUUAUCUUUACGACCCAAAGAUUCUUCAACUGCGCAAGCCUGACUUUGGCUCAAGCACCGAGGCCAACGAGGUUCUGCCUGGACCUGAGCUCAAGUACAACCCCGGUCUUAUCGAUCCUCAAAACCCAGCUUGGACCGCUAGUCGCAAACCAUUGGUCGCUGCCUUCGAGACGCUCGAUGGCAAGAACUCAUUCUUCACCGUCAACGUUCACUUUGGAAGCAAGGGAGGCUCGUCGUCAAUCGAAGGCGAUGCUCGACCUCCUGUCAACGGUGGUGUUGAUGACCGUCAAGAGCAAAUGCAAUUAACUGCCAUUCUUGCCGAGGACAAGAAGGCUAAGAUUGUUGUCGCUGGUGACUUCAAUGAGUUCGCUUUUGUCCAGCCUCUCGAGAACUUCGAGGACGUUUCCAAUCUACGUGAUCUUGAUGAGGCUGCCAAUAUUCCAGAGCUCGAGAGAUACACUUACCUCUUCGACAUGAACAGCCAGGAGCUUGAUCACAUGUACAUCAGUCAAGCGCUCAAGCCCAAGGCACAGUACGAGCAUGUUCACAUCAACACAUGGGUGACCAAGGCUCAGCAGAUCUCCGACCACGACCCCUCGGUUGCUAAGUUCAACAUCUGCAAGAAGUGA